GAGUAGACGGGUUAGGGUUGGUGACCAUCAUUUUGGACAAACAUCAACGGGCAACGCAUUACGACAGUGCAGCACGUUCGAAAAGCACUACGCUGUUGCUCUUCUCUCUUCCUUCUACCAUGUCGAGGGCACUGGACAAAUCCACUAUCGCUGCCCUGAAGGUCGGCAACCCUCAAGCAGCCUACAGUUCCAUCUCUCCAAUUCUGACCACCCCCCCAUCUUGUGGCCGCCUCGAGAUUGAAAUUCUCGGCAAGGAGAUCCCGCUGCCCGAGGGAACAUAUGUGCUUCAAGAUGGAAUAUCAGUAGGAAUAUCGAAGCUUGGGCUGGUUCAAGCGUUCCUCGUUGCGCGGAAGAUACUCCAAGAUCACAUCACUGGCAGUUCUUCGUCGCCGCAGAUCGACGACGAUUUGUUCGCCGCGACAGCGGUCAUCCUUCUUAUGGAUCCCGAGUUUCUCACGGCCGCGAACACGCGGAAGCGACUCAUCCAAAAGCAGUUAAACGACAAUCAACACGCCUGGACCGUGCUGACGAAAGAAAAGAUGUUCCUGGACAGCCUGCUUACUAGUCGAUUGCACCGCCAUACCAAGUCGCCCACUCUAUGGAACCACCGCCGGUGGCUAGUCGGGCUGCACAGUUCGCUGGGCGUUAGGGUGGACGUUCUUGGAGAUUUAGAAAAUGUUGUGUUUCUGGCCGGAGAACGACAUCCUCGCAACUAUUACGCAUGGUGCCACGCUCGAUAUCUUGUCGGCUUAGUAGCGAAGGAAUGGAGUGGCUAUAAUCCCCACAUCAACAUUCUAGCGGCCGUUAAGAAAUGGUGCUUUGAACAUCACAAGGACAUUUCUGGUUGGUCGUUUCUCUACCACCUUCUGGACAAUUACGAUUGCUCGGGGCGGGACAUAUGUGGAGAUGAUAUCAGUCUCUCGUCGACAUUUUCGGAUGUUCUCAAUUUUGCUGCAUCUUAUCGUGUCACGAAUGAGUCUCUCUGGGUGUUCCUGAGGACGUUGGCAGCAUCGGGACUUGUUGGCGGAAAGGAGCUUGAACAGUUCACUACCUUGGGGGCACAGUUCUCUCAACCACAUAUGGACAGAUUUGGGGAUUCAAGGGUUCUACGUUCAGCAUUGGAUUGGUACGAGACUUACCAGUGCAGGAAGGACUUGUAGUUGAACCUGGGCUGCUGAACACAUCGUUUCAAAAAGAAACAUAAACGAAACGCCACAGACUUUUCGAAGACAUCCAUCUUCGGCAUUUGGCACGUCUUUUCGGCCGUGUGCUGUAGGCUAGCAGCACAUCCAGGAUCCAGCAGCAAAGGAAUGGCUUACGACUAUCGAAAACAAGGAACCUCUAAACGGUAAUCCAAUGUCUAUCACUGCCCAGCUUCGAUUUAAAGAUGGCUUGUGGAUCCCGCCGAAAGCAGUCGGUCUUCGAUGACGGC